GUUGCAGUGUUCUCUGUGAUAGGGACUCCGAAAGUAAUAAAAAGAGAGGAGCGGACAAAUGUGUUUUCAGAGCAGUUGGAGAUUUGUGACUGGAAACACAUCUCUGUCCGUUCUCCUCGCGAGAUCAAAAGAAUCUAAUUCUCUUAUAUUUUCUGUGUCUGUUUAAUUUGUCUUUAAUAGGUGUCAAACCUGACAUUUACUUGGUCCUUCGAGAGCCGGAUGCCAAUACACCGGAAGGAUUCCUGCAUGUCUGGUGGACCCCAGUGCAGACUGUGCGCCCGGCAAGUUUCCUAGUGGAAACUUAUCAGAUCCUGUUCAAGGGCUGGAGCUCGACCUGCCUGCUGGGAUCUGACUGUUGACGGUGCUCCAGGGAAAGACACCGGGGCAGGAAACCAUAUUAGUGGAGCCUGGAGAUUGGGUGCGAGUAAGGAGCAUAAAGAAGAAACACUGGUACCCAGGUGGGAAGGACCGUACCAGGUGUUGCUGACAACCCCCACCGCUUUAAAGAUAGCAGAAAGGUCAACUUGGGUGCAUUUGACACACUUUAAAAAGGUCAUUUCAUUUCAAAAGUAGAAAAAGCAGUUUGGGACGCUCACCGACCUACAGGGCAAAGUCCAGCGUACACAGGGGGCUAAACCAAAUAGUUUAGUCGUCUCAAAACUGGCGAAGAUUGUCCACAACCCUGUAGUGUCUUUAGGAGCUGAACAAGCUUGCACACUUAGUGAAAUGGCGAAUAAAUAUGUUGUUUUUGUUUUUAUUUUAUGUUUUCAUUUGGGAAUGAUUCAUGCCAGAAAUAACUCUUGUAGCACCACUCACAGAGUAAAGGCAGGUAUUCAAGUGUGUUUUCCACCUAGUUCUACUACCAUUGUUUUAGUCUCCUGGGCAAGUAUGACAUCAACAAAAAAGAAUAAGGGGCUAAACUACAGAGAUAAUACUUGGUAUAUGACAAAUGAUCUUUCUAAUACCGGCUGGGAGACUUUAGUGGCUGACGAAGGUAAUAAAUGGACAAAAAACUGGGGUACCACCACAUACGCACAACAUCAGAAACGGAUACUUAGUAUUUCACGUACAGAUGAAGGAGUACAGAUAGUCAUAAACACGACCGAGUAUCCUUUGAUUCCUCCUAGUUUUAAGGAAAAAAACUGGCUCAACAUGCUGGGGAUUCUAUUUGUGGGCUUAUAUAUCAGGGGCUGAUCCAAAAUUUUUGACAAUUCUUUGUGAAGAACCUAAGACAGGUGUGGAGAACGCUAUUUCUCCAUGGACAGUAGGGGUGACGGUGAAAGAGGUAAAAACUGUUGACGACUGGUUCAAAGUUGCCACAGGUGUAUCAGGGCAUAAUAAUAACUGGUUGUUAAUGGUAGAACAAGCUGCAAAAAUGGCAAAAAAUGAUUGUGUAGUCUGUAUGGAACCAAGGCCUCUCCUUCGUGUGACUCCAGCAACCAUCACAAAACAAUGCUUAUUAGAGGUAAUGACUAAAACUAAUCCUAAUAGCACCUGUGUGAUUUAUGAUUCAAUAUUUCCCCUUACUGCAGCAGAUGAAAGGAAACCUUUUUUUUCUAAAAAGAUAGCUCCAGGUAACUUCUCAUGUGUAAAUAUAACAGGGUCUGGGAAAAGAUUGGGACAUUUUUCAGACACCAUGUGUACUACUGUAAUCACUGUAAACAAUGACUUUAACCCUGUUUCUCGUGCAGAUGUUUGGUGGUGGUGCGGUGACGACAGACUUUUUGAUAGAUUACCUCGAAAGGUAACAGGGGUUUGUGCAUUAGUUUCCUUAUUGUUACCUGUGACUGUCUAUCCUAUGUCCGCAAAAGAUCUAAUACACACUUUAUCUAGCAUUUUGCCACAGCAGUGGCAUCAUUUACAGAAACGCGAACUAACAUGGAAAAAUGAUGAUGAUCCCACGUACAUCGACGCCAUCGGCGUCCCUCGCGGUGUACCUGAUGAAUAUAAACUAGUUGACCAAAUUGCAGUUGGUUUUGAAUCUUCAAUUUAUUGGUGGUGUAUGGUAAACAAAAACGCAGACAGAAUUAAUUACAUCCAUUACAACGUACAAAAACUGGGCAACUGGACACAGGCUGGUUUCAAGGCGGUUCAUGAGCAGCUGGCCACUACCUCAGUAAUGGCUUUUCAAAACCGCAUAGCUCUUGACAUGCUGCUAGCUGAAAAAGGGGGUGUGUGUGCCAUCUUUGGAGAAAGGUGCUGCACAUUUCUGUCAAACAACGCAGCAGCUGAUGGGAGCCUGACGAAGGCCAUUUCAGGUCUCCGUACCCUUAAUGGCAAAAUGAAAGAACUCUCUGGAGUGAAUACUUCCAUGUGGGAUGCAUGGAUGGAUGUUUUUGGAAAGUACCGAACCCUUGUGUCCCCUGUCUUAGUAUCAAUUGCAGUCUUUGCUGCAAUUUUAACUUUGUGUGGAUGUUGUUGUAUUCCUUGCCUGCAUUCCUUGUUUAACCGUCUCAUUACCACAGCAGUCUCUCCCAUGGAGGACCGGAUGGCACAGAUGUAUCCCCUGUUAGCAAAAAAUCCUGAGUCUGACAAAGAAUACUCUGAUGAGGAUUCUCCUGACCUGUAUCCCGAUCCUAACCUGUGGACUGAAUACGAUCCCUGAGUGUAAGCAUAUUUGCGUUCCAAAAAUGAACUCCCAGCUGAAAAUCGUUUGAAGUGGCUGUCUUUGGAGGGAUAUGAGAAUUGGAACAGAUAUGUGAUAAACAGGGAGGAAUGUUAGGUGAAAUGUAUAUAUUAUCAAAUAUUUGUUGUUUCAUGUAUCCUAACAGUGUUGCUUAUAUAAUAAUCUGUCUUAUAUGCCUUUAUUGUUUUCUUUUCUUUCAGCAUAAAGAAUGUUUCUGUGUUGUUGAAUUACUUUGUUUCCUUUUUACAAGAGGGCCUCCCUGAAGAAAAGCAGUGACAACUAUGCUCACAGGGUUUAUUACUCAGCAGGAACUUCUUCUUCUUCUUUUGACCUGUUAGAUAGCUAUAAAACCGUCGCCGUGAAGAUGUACAACUUGCUGUUUUACUCUGUGUCUGGAACCGAAUAAUCUAGUGCAAGAUAACAUGUGUUUAUUUAGUAAUUGUCAUUAGCACUGCAACUAAGUGAUGAAGUGUUUUGCCCCCACACCUUAGAGUUGCAGUGUUCUCUGUGAUGGGGACUCCGAAAGUAAUAAAAAGAGAGGAGCGGACAAAUGUGUUUUCAGAGCGGUUGGAGAUUUGUGACUGGAAACAC